AUGAGGUUCUCAAUUACUAAAUCUGCAAGGCCCUGCACAGGCUACACUUCCAAUAUUGCCACUCAAAUAGUGACAUGUAGCAUUACUCAGUAUAAGAAAAAAAGUCUCAACAAAAAAAUUCAGUCUCCCAAAACCUUGGAAAACCUAUUCAUUGACUCCCAUAUUAGGAGAAACACAACCUCAGCACCAGUGAACUUGAGCAAGAAAUGGAUGGAUUAUCAAGGUAUCAAGAAUUGGGAAGGGUUGCUCGAGCCACUUGAUUAUAAUUUACGUGGUGAGAUCAUUCGAUAUGGCCAAUUCGUUGAAGCUACUUAUAGGUCAUGUGAUUUUGACCCUUCGUCUUCAUCAUACGUCACAUGUCGUUACUCCAAGAGAAAGUUACUCCACGAAUCAGGUUUCCCUGACACCGGGUAUCGGGUUACUAAGAAUUUGAGUGCCACGUCUAUGAUUCACUUGCCCCGAUGGAUUGACAAGGGACCACGGUGGAUGGCCAUUAAGUCGAGUUGGAUUGGGUACAUUGCAAUGUGUCACGACAAACAAGAGAUUUCGAGGCUUGGCCGGAGGGACGUCGUAAUUGCGUUGCGUGGCACGGCUACAUGCUUGGAGUGGCUUGAAAAUCUUAGGGCCACUCUCACUCCUCUUCCCAAUGCCGAAUCCUCCAUUGAUACUCCAAUGGUGGAAAGUGGAUUCUUGAGCUUAUACACUUCUAGCAUGGGAACCCGACCAAGUUUACAAAAACUGAUAAGAGAAGAGAUUUCAAGAAUUCUUCAAAUGUAUUCUAAUGAGCCCUUAAGCAUCACAGUCACUGGCCAUUCUUUAGGUGCAGCUCUUGCAACCCUAGCAGCAUAUGACAUUAAAGAAACCUUCAAGAAUUCACCUCUAGUGACUGUCAUUUCAUUUGCCGGUCCACGAGUCGGAAAUUGGAGCUUUCGGUGCCAAUUAGAUAAACAAGGCACCAAAGUCUUACGGAUAGUAAACCCCGACGAUCUUAUAACAAAAGUACCAGGUUUUAUUGUCAAUAACAACGAAGAAAAGACCCGUGAUUGUGACCGUUAUACCAGUAAUCAUACGAAUUGGAUACAAAAACUGGUCGAGGAUGGGCAAUGGGCUUAUGCAGAUGUUGGAUGCGAGCUCCGGCUAAGCAGCCGGGACUCACCCUAUCUUAAUGUGAUUAACAUGGCAACAUGCCAUGAUCUCAAGACAUAUCUUCACUUAGUUAAUGGAUUUGAUAGCUCCAAUGUCCAUUUAGAAUCACUGCAAGAAAAAUAA